GUAGAUCGGAAAGCAAGGAAGCAAGCUCAUUCCCCACAAUCAUCACCGUAUCUGACAAACGCCGCACUCGGAGUUCCCUCCCGUCUCCGUCACGGGGGAUUCACCACUCUCUUUCUAACCAUUUUAUCACACUACAUUACUCCCGCUGCGCAUCUUUCCACGGCGAUCUCAAAGCUCCAAUAAGCCUGAAAAUCGCGUUGUGGAGCAAAAGACCGAACUAUGAGUGGAGAAGAAGCUUCUAGUGCUUCGAAACAGAGGGAGCUAGAGCUUGAAGAAAGUUUACAGUCUCAGCCAGAUGAUCCUUGUCUUCAUUUUGAUCUGGGGCUGCUUCUGUGGGAGAAGGCUGCCAGCAGCACUGGAGAUGAAGAGACCAGGGGGAAAGCCGCAGAGCAGUUUCUCAUAUCUGCAAAACUCAACCCUCACAACGGAGUUGCUUUUCGGUACCUGGGUCAUUAUUAUGCCAGCUUCGCCUCUGACCCUCAGAGGGCUUUGAAGUGCUACCAGCGAGCCAUUUGUCUCAACCCUGAUGAUUCUGAUGCUGGGGAAGCUAUGUGUGAAGUACUAGAGGAAACUGGAAAGGAGAACCUGGAGAUAGCUGUGUGUCGAGAGGCAUCCGAAAAGUCACCCCGUGCCUUUUGGGCUUUUAGCAGACUUGGUUACCUUCUGGUCCACCAACAAAAAUGGGCUGAUGCAAUACCCAGCCUCCAGCAUGCUAUAAGAGGUUAUCCCACAUGUACUGAUUUGUGGGAGGCACUAGGUCUUUCCUACCAGCAGAUGGGUAUGUUCACUGCUGCUGCUAAGUCAUAUGGACGAGCAAUUGAGUUAGACGAAUCAAGAGUUUUUGCUUUGGUUGAAAGUGGGAAUAUAUUUUUGAUCCUGGGAAACUUUAGGAAGGGAAUCGAGCUGUUCCGCCAAGCCAUCCGAAUCUCACCUUUCAAUGUAUCUUCUCAUUAUGGCCUUGCAUCUGCAAUUUUUUGUUUUGCAAAGGAAUGCGUAAGCUCUGGGGCAUUUAGAUGGGGGGCUUCUUUGUUAGAGGAGGCAUCUAAGGUGGCUGUAGCAUGUACAUCGCUAGCCGGUAAUAUCUCAUGCAUAUGGAAAUUACACGGGGACAUUCAGCUCAUGUACGCAAAAUGUUUCCCUUGGAUCGAUGAAGGAUUUGGCUUACAAUCAAAUGAGAAAGCUUUUACCAAUUCGGUUCAUUCCUGGAAGAGAAUCUGCAGCAUAGCUGCUAUAUCAGCCAGCCGUUCUUAUCAAAGGGCUUUACAUUUUGCUCCUUGGCAAGCUAACUUGUAUACUGAUGUUGCUAUUGCAUUAGAGCCCUGUUUUUCUUUGAAGGAGAGCCAUAAAGACGAUCCAAAUGUUUGGUCACGGCCGGAGAAGAUGUGCCUUGGGGGGUUAAUGCUCGAGGGUUGCAAUCAGGAAUUUUGGGUGACUUUGGGGUGUUUAACAAAUGACACGAUGUUGAAACAACAUGCUUAUAUAAGAGGCUUGCAGUUAGAUGUCUCUCUUGCCGUUGCGUGGGCAAACCUUGGAAUGCUUUAUAGGAAAGAGGGAGAAUGCCAAUUUGCACAAAAUGCAUUUGACUGUGCAAGAAGUAUUGACCCAUCUCUUCCACUGCCAUGGGCUGGAAUGUCAGCUGAUGCAGAUGUGAGAAAUCUGAAAGAAGAUGAGGCAUAUGAGUGUUGUCUCCGAGCUGUUCAAAUUUUUCCGCUGGCUGAGUUUCAAACUGGUCUGGCUAUGCUUGCUCUACAUUCUGGUCAUCUUAAGUCCUCAGAGGUAUUUGGAGCUAUCCAGCAAGCUCUGCACCGUGUCCCCAGUAAUCCAGAAUCACAUAACUUGAAGGGACUAGUUUGUGAGGCAAGGCAUGCUUAUCAAAAUGCUAUUGCAUCAUAUAGACUAGCACGCUAUGCAGCACGCAUAUUCGGUGGAAAGGAAUCAGAGACCUAUCUAGACAGUAUAUCAAUUAACCUGGCCAGAUCUCUUUGUAAGGAUGGAAAUGUUAAUGAUGCUGUUCAUGAAUGUGAAGUUUUGGAUAAAAAAGGUCUUCUUGAUGCCGAAGGUUUGCAGAUUUAUGCACUGUGCUUAUGGAAACUUGGAAAAGAUAAUCUAGCUUUAUCAGUGGCAAGCAAACUUGCCGCGAAUAUAUCAUCCACGGAUAAGUCAAUGGAUUCUGUUUCUAUUAGUUUCCUUUGUAGAUUGCAAUAUCAAAUUUUAGGGCAGGAUGCUUCCAUUUCAUUUUUAGUGAAACAACCCAAGGGAUUAUCACAGAGUCCAAAAUUUAGCCUUGCAGCAUCAGCUGUUCAUGCAUUAGAUCCCAAGAAUCGGCUUGAUUGUGUUAUUGCAAGUGCUCGCUACUCUGUUGCUUCAGUUGAAGAGUCUUCUGCACUGGAUUUUCUUGCUGUGCUGGGUGAACUAUUGAAAAAAGGAUCUAGAGAUUGCCUUGGAUUUAAGAAGGGACUUCAAUACGUGUGCAAGUCACUUCACAUGUCUCCCAACAGCCACUUGAUAAGGAAUCUUCUUGGUCGUCUCCUGUUAUUUAGCACCAAUGGGAAAGAUUUUCAUGCUUCUACAAGAUGUAUUAUCAGGAACCCUUCUGACCACCCAAAUGCAGAUGAUAGAAUAUCUGCACUUGAGAUUUUUGGUGCUGAGGGAGUAGCUUGCCAUGCCUUGCAGUGCAGCGAGUUGUCACUAACCAACUGCAGAGGGAAAUCUACAUCAGGAUGUAACACUGUGCAGCUGUUGCAGAAUGAUUUGCAUCAUGAGCCAUGGAACCAAACUACGCGGUACUUGCUCAUAGCCAACAUCUUUCAAAGGGCUCGGAGGGAGAGAUUUCCUCAUCAUCUUUGUGUAGCGCUUGAUCGGCUAACAAGUGUUGUGCUUUCUAAUGAACUGUAUUCAAUAAAGGACCUUCCUCAUCAGUAUCAGAAGUUCCAGCUUCUACUUAUAGCAGCCGAGGUCAGUCUGCAAAGUGGGAACUAUGUAAACUGCAUAAAGAACUCUAAUAGUGCUUCAAUUCUGUCCAUACCCAAUCAAUAUAACUUCUUUGCGCACUUGCUUCUGUGCCGUGCUUAUGCUGUGGAUGGGAAUUCUGUUAAAUUGUCCGAAGAGUACUUAAAAUGCUUGGAGCUCAAAACUGGUUGCCAUAUAGGUUGGAUCUGUCUUAAGUGUGUUGAAUCCCAGUAUAAGCUGCAUACAGAUUCCACUGCAUUAGCUAUAAGAUUUGAAGAGUGUUCCAAAGGUGUAAAUCAUUCAUGGAACACGUGGCUAGCUAUAUUCAGUUUGGUGCAAGGUCUGAGUGCAAUAUGGACAGGAGAUUUCUCUGGCGCAGAAGAAUAUCUUUCACAAGCUUGCUUAUUAGCCAGUGGAGAGAGCUUCCUAUUUCUUUGUCAUGCUGCCAUCUGCAUGGAGCUUGCAAGGCAACAUUGUGAUUCAAAGUUUAUAACUAUUGCUAUUAAAAGUCUUAAUAAAGCCAAAGAAGCUACUCCAGUUUGUAUGCCUUUUAUCUCGCUGUUGUUGGCUCAAGCAGAAGCAAGCCUUGGAUCAGAAACAAAGUGGGAGAAAAACGUUGUUGAGGAAUGGUCAUCUUGGCCACCAGAAAUGAAGCCUGCAGAAGUCUUCUUCCAGAUGCAUUUGGUUUCGAGGUUGUCAUGGCAAGGUGGUGGGGAGAGGCUGUUGGAGGGCUAUGCAAAUUCCAUAAGAUGGAUGCUCCAAGCCAUCCACUUGAACCCGUCUUCGUCUAGAUACUGGAGAGUCUUGAGAAGUUUAUUGGGUAGCAGCAAGUGACCUGUUAGGUUAGAUCAAACAACAUCUCUCUCUCUAUGUAAAUGGCUUCUUCUACUUCUUUGACC